AUGGCGAAUUUACUAUCGUUACCUAAUGAAAUUUUAUUAGAUAUAUUCGGUUAUUUUCAUAGUAUUGAUCUUCUACAUGCAUUUUAUGGUCUUAAUUAUCGAUUUAAUAACCUCCUCUACAAACAAUAUCGAUCAUAUUCUUUCGAUUUCAAUUCUAUAUCAAAACUUACUUUCGACAUGAUUUGUCAACAACAUCUACCAUCUAUUACUGAUCGAGUUAUUGCUCUUGCUCUGAGUAACAGUGAAAAUAGUGUAGAACAGAUUGAUUUGUUUCUUGCAUACAUACCAUCAUUGAAUGUAUUCACUAACGUACGAUCGCUUACAUUUGAAUCUAUUAAUUCAAGCGAAAAAUUAAUGGAAAUUAUUGAUCAAUGCCAUCAACUCUGUAACUUAACCUCUUUGAAGCUAUUUUCUUAUUCAAUUGAAGUAGAGCAAACUAAUAUUCAAAUAAUUGUUAACAAGAUUUGGGCUCUACCAAAACUUACCCAUUGUAUCUUUAAUAUCUAUAAUUGUGCACAAAAUCAUUUUUAUAUGCCACAAAAAGCUUCAUCGUCUAUAACAUAUCUAACUAUAGAUACGUCAAAUAAGAUAAAAUCGAAUCAAUUAAAUCAACUGUUUGAGCAUACACCUUGUCUUAAGCAUUUUUCGGCAUGUAUUGAGUACAAUAUUAAUGAAAAUUAUAUACCGUCAACAUUUCUAACACUGACACAAUUGAAAAUUACAAUUACUAGAGAGUAUCCAGUUCAGCAAAUGAAUCUUUUCUUCCAAAGCUUUCUUAAUUUACGUUGUUUGGGCAUCAACAUAUGGUCUAUAUUGUUUGAUGGUCAUCGAUGGGAAUAUAUGAUUCAUAAUUAUCUACCAAAUCUACAAAUAUUUAAACUCAGAAUGACAGGUACACUCGCUGAAGAUCGAAAUAUAGAAGAACAAGUCGAUGAAUUAAUUAAUUCAUUUCGAAGUUCAUUUUGGAUUGAUGAACAUCGAUGGUUCGUUCGAUGCUUUACAGCAGACGGAAGGAAGAUUUAUUUGUAUACAUUAUCUAAUACGUUUAAUUACCAUGAAUAUACGAUGUCCGAUUCUAAUCUAUUCAAAUCAACAGAUCCACACGAUAAUGAACAAAAACUUUGUAAUAGUAUAAAUAACAUUUAUAACGAAACAUACUUUGAUCAAAUAACGUCAUCUCAUCUUCUCUUACCCAAUAUUAAAUAUCUUAAAAUUAAACUGCCUAUCAGUGAUCAAUUCUGGGCCAUUAUUCCAAGUUUGAAUCAACUAAAAUUCCUACAAAUAUACUCUUAUGUUGAUAUCUUUCAAAAUCAAUUACAAGCUUUAUUUGAUCUAGCUCCCAAUCUAUACUCUGUUAGUAUUUAUGAAGAUCAACCAUCAUCCUCUUAUAUGUCAAUAUUCAAAAGUAAAUAUACAUCACUUCAUAAUCUCUGUUUACAGGAUUAUGCACGAUGUUGUAAUCAUUAUUUCGAUGAAGACGAUUGUGUUGCAUUGACUAGCUCAUCAUUGAGCAUUCAAUGUAAAAUACUUUCUAUCUCUGUUACAAAUCGUGAAAAUAUUAUUUAUCUUGUUGAAAAUAUGUACAAUCUCCAUCUAUUAAUUGUGAAAUGUAAAGAUGAUAAGUAUUUUAAAACAUCGCCAGCUAUGGAAAACAAUGAUGAACUUAUUCCAUGGUUAAAAGAUCGUUUGCCAUCAACAUGUUCGAUCACAAGAGAUUACGAUGACUCAUGGGUUAUUCGAAUAUGGUUCUGA